UUGGCUUUUUCCUCUUCACCUUCGACUGAUACUUCACUCACUGCUGGAGAAGCCCAGAACACAAAGGAGAAGCCAUGAGGAACACACUGCUGAGCAUGCUGGUCGCCCUGAUGUGUGCGCUGGCUGCAUGCACUGAGGUCACGCCUGUGGCAGACUUCGACCUGCAGAAGAUGGCAGGCAAGUGGUACAUGGUUGGCUUUGCCACAAAUGCCCAGUGGUUUGUGAACCACAAGGCAGGCAUGAAGAUGGGCACUGCUGUGUUGAAGCCGACUGAUGGAGGAGACCUGGACCUCUCUUAUGCCAACCUGAAUGCUGAUGGUACCUGCUGGAGAAUGACUCACCUUGCCAAGAAAACCGAGACUCCUGGACGCUUCACCUUCCGCAGCCAGGUGUGGAACAAUGACAAUGACAUGCGCAUUGCUGAAGUUGUGUAUGAUGACUACGCUCUGGUCCACACCAUCAAGACAAAGGACGGAGUGUCUGAGGUCCUCAACAAGCUUUACAGCCGCACCACCACUGCCACAACCGCCCUGCAGCAGAAGUUCACUCAGUUCUCCCUGCAGUCUGGCAUCCUCGCUGAUAACAUUGUCAUCUUGCCAGAGAAUGCUGAAUGUCCUGAAGCCUGAAGUGUCCCCUGCUAUCUUCCAUCCUUCAUCUCUCGCGCUCUGAAGUCCCAGGCUUUCAUCUCAGAAGAGUCUUAAGCCCCCCCCCCCCUCACUGUGAUGUCUGCGUCGUCACAAAGCUUCACCUGAGACAAUGAAACUUGCUCAUUUUACUCCGAUCCCUGCUGCAUACCAAAGACCAAGUCCUGAUUCCCUCCAACUCACACAUUAACUGUGGCAUCAGAGUGGAACAAUAAAGGGUGGAUGGUGAAAGAAAGGGAAGAAAUUCAAGAGACUGUGAAAGCUAUUAGUUUACCUUUUGGACAAGUGUGCCUUUUGUAACUGCUGAUUUUCUUUUGUAGUGAUUUAUUUUUUGUUUAAAUAAACUCAAAGCCAAUAAAAAAAUAAUAAAUGAA